AAUAUAUUGACAUACUUAUAAACCCACAGACAGAGAAACACACAAACUCAGAAAAAUGGCUCAAACUUUAUAUUUCAGCGUUCUUCUCAUCGCUCUCUGUUCAUUAUCUGAAUGCAUUCAGCGCCGCUAUCACUAUAUAAACAUGAAUAAAACCUGGAUUGAAGCUCAGAGAUACUGCAGAGAAAACUACACAGAUCUGGCCACAGUCAACAACAUGAACGACAUGAAACAACUGAUGAAGAGUGUGGAUAACAAUCUGACUGUCUAUGUCUGGAUUGGACUGAAGAGAUCAAGUGUUUAUAAAUGGAAGUGGUCUCUGGGUGAUCCUGUGAAAUAUACAAACUGGUCUAAUGGGGACUCAAAUGGUUCAGAUAAUUGUACUUACAUAAGAGAUAAAUCAUGGCGUCAUCAGGACUGUAAUGUGACCAUGAGUUUCAUCUGCUACAAUGAGAGCAGUAAAGGAUUCAUCAUUGUAACUUCUAAUAAAACAUGGCGAGCAGCUCAGAUCUUUUGCAGACAGCAUCAUACUGAUCUGACCAGUGUGAGGAAUCAGACUGAGAAUCAACAGAUUCAGAAGAUCAUGAAUAACAAAAACAUAUCUGAAGUCUGGAUUGGUCUGUUCAGUGACUCAUGGGAGUGGUCAGAUGAGAGCAACUCCACAUUCAGAUAUUGGUUUUCUGGUCAACCUGAUAAUUAUGGUGCUUCUCAAGAUUGUACAGCAGCUAGAAUGACAGUGCAGGGUCAAUGGCAUGACUUAAGUUGCAGUACCUUGCAGACCUUUGUGUGUCAUGAAGAUAAUCUGAUAUUGAUCCAGAUGAAUCUGAGCUGGUCUGAAGCUCUGAGAUACUGCAGAGAGAAUCAUGUGGAUCUGGUUUCAGUUGAUUCAGAGGAGAUUCAGUUCAUGGUGACUAAAGUGAUUCAUCAGUCCUCUACUGACGCCGUGUGGAUGGGGUUACACUAUUACUGCCAAAUGAACCUCUGGAUCUGGAUACGAGGAGAGGCCGUGUGCUAUCAGAAUUGGGCUCCAGGGAACCGAGCAGGACUGAUGGAUUGCAACACUGAACACAGAGCUGGAGCAGUUCAGUCUGGAGGAGAUCAUCUCUGGAUCAGCCGUCCACAAUCUCACAAACUCAACUUCAUCUGCAGCAGAAAAUAAACAAGUCAUUUGUGUCUAUCACUGCUUUUUAUUCUUUGUUAAUCUUCUGGUUUUUAAGUUAGUUUUAUUUUGUUAUUUAGAAGUAGGGUUCAUUUUAAACAUAUUGCAGAUUAAAAACAACAUUAUGCCUUAGUUUAGAAUCAUUUCAUUUAUACAAAAAAAUAUAUUUCCUUAUGUUUCUAUAAUAACUGCUGAAUUAUAUGAAAUGAAUGUGUUAGUAAUAUUUUUGGAGUGGGUUAAAGUUCAUGAUAUUUACUCAUC